AUGGAAACAGAUAUACCCGGCCUUCUCAACGAGCUCGACCAUCUGGCCAACGGCACCACCGAGCGCCUCACAGCCGCCGUCGAGGAUGUCGACAAGAUAAUUGAGAUCCUGACGCAGGCACAGGAGCAGAUAGCUGAAGCUUCCGACCCCCAUACCGCAAGCCUCAUCCUCACCAAGCUUCAGAAUCCCGUAAGAGAAGGGUUCGAUGCCAUCAAUGAGGACUUGAGAAAAGUCGACAAAGUCCGCAAGGACUCUGUCAAGGUUCUCAAUAGGACCUUUCCUUCCCGAGCUCUCCCCACCGACGAUAAUGCCAUGACCAAGAAUGCCGGGCUCAUCAAUCGCGCCAUCACCUGGCACCUGCUGCGCGAGGGCCAGUUCAAUGUUGCGUCGACCUUCAUACAAGAAUCCCAACAGACUGAUGGCGUUGACGAGGAUGACGAAGAAUACAUACAUAUCAUAGAUGGGUCGCAAACUCCGGAGGACAACGUGUCUAGUGGAGGCUUCGGCCGCAUGUCCCAAGCCCCCGAGCUCCAGUCUCACGAGCUACAGGAGAAAUUCGCGACAAUGUAUGCGAUUUUAUCCGAGCUCAAGAACCAAAACCUCCUGCCCGCGAUCGGGUGGGCCCACCAGAACACCCGUGAGCUCGAGGCCCGUGGGUCCGACCUCGAAUUUGAGCUGUGCAAGCGGCAAUACAUUUAUCUCAUCCAGCAGCAGUCCAGGGGCAACGGCGGGCAUGGAGGCGGGGUCUCGGCAGCUAUGCACUACGCGCAGUCCAACUUCCCGCGCUUCGCCGAUCGGCAUGCCAAGGAGAUCGCACAGCUGGCCUCCGCGCUCGUGUUCCAGUCGAACCUGAUCGAUUCGCCGUACGCUGCCCUUUUCUCGUCGUCGGAUCCUGCGAGCGACAGGAGCUUCGACGACAUCGCCGCGUCCUUCACGCGGGAGUUUUGCUCACUGCUCGGGCUCUCAGCUGAGUCGCCACUCUAUGUGGCCGCCACGGCUGGGGCUAUCUCGCUGCCUCGGCUCAUGAAAUACGUCGAGCAGAUGACGGCGGCACGCGCUUCGUGGACCACCGCCAGUGAGCUCGCCUUCGAGACGCCCCUACCGAGGAGCAUGAUUUACCACAGCAUUUUCGUCUGCCCCGUCUCGAAGGAGCAAACCACCGACGAGAACCCGCCCAUGAUGCUUCCGUGUGGACACGUCCUAGCGAAAGAGUCACUCCGAAACCUGGUCAGGAGCCAUUCCCGGUUCAAAUGCCCUUAUUGCCCCGUAGAGGGUCAGCUACGCGAGGCGAGGCAGAUUAUUCUGUAGAACGGAGAGUUGGAAGUCAUCUCGUCCACAAUAUGGGAUGCUCUAGGAACUGGAGAGCUAUCGCAGAGCAUACCAGACCCAUCUCACCAGGGCAUUUUCUUCCCCUGGAUAUGAACUUCUGGUCAGACCUGUUUGACUUUCCCCGAAUCGCCAGCUAAAGGGCAGCGCGUGAGAGAGAAAAAAAAGAAGGGAAGGCAACAAAAUGAAACACCAAUAUCGGUACCCAGUCAUCAUUACAGGCUCCCUUCACCCCUCAGACACACUGGAACGGCUCAUUGAUCACGUGAGUGAAUACCUGGGGAGGGGGCGCUUUCCUGACAUCGCACAGUCGGUACAGGAAGAACGUGCAGGUAUAAUGCAAAUUCUCUCCAAAGCACAUAACGAAACAGCGCAGACAGCGAUACGGCCACAGGACACGUGGAGAGAGGGUUCGUACCUACGUAUGGUAUUUAGAUAUUUCAGCGCAGUGAUGAGUCCAAGCGAUUAUGAGCAUACUAUCUGUCUUUUUCUCGUG